AUGAAAAAUCGAAAAACGGAAGGUAACCUGGCACAGGAUAAUUCAAUAAAUGAAGAAGAUGAUGAAGAAACUGGUCCAUCCACUUCCGCACGUAUUCGCCAGAAGAAGACUCGUGUUUCGAAGCAUACGGAUUCGGAUGAAGCAAUAUUAAAAGCAUUAAAUGAGACUAAUGUUGAUGAAGAUGUAAACUCUGCAAUGUCUCUUGUCCCAUCCCUCAAAAAUUUUACUGCAGAUGAAAAACUCGAUGCUAAGAUUGGUUUUCUUAACAUAUUUAAACAGAUAAGACUUGGUAGGAGUGUUCAGCCUCCUUCUCAACCUACAUUUAACAUACUGCAGCAACCCUUAAACUCUUUUCCUGUUUAUCAACGAGGGACUAACAUUUUUCCACCACAACAGCAAAUACAGGCUUAUACGUCCGGUUCUAUACCAUCCCCCACUUUCUUGCCACCACAACAACAAUUACAGACCUCUACAUCCGGUUCUGCACCAUCCCCCACUUUACCACAAACAAACAUUCAAAAUGUUUCAUCACCAGCUGAUUCCAACCUAUCAGCCCAGUCAUAUUAUUCAAAUGUUUCAGAUGAUUCCCAAAUAUACGACCUGUAA